AUGAAGGUCGCUCAAGAUAGGCAGAGGUCUUAUGCAGACUUGCGUCGGAAGCCUAUUUCUUUCACCGUUGGGGAUAAGGUGUUGUUGAAAGUAUCUCCGAUGAAGGGAGUGGCAAGAUUUGGGCAAAAAGGCAAGUUAAGCCCGAAGUAUGUUGGACCCUAUGAGAUUCUCGAGAGGAUUGGGGAGGUGGCUUACAGAUUGGCUAUGCCCCCUGAUUUGUCGAGGGUGCACGAUGCGUUCCACGUGUCGCAGUUGCGGAGAUACCGCAGCGACCCGUCUCAUGUCAUUCCUAUAGAGUCAGUCUCUAUUGAGCCGAACAUGACUUUUGAGGAACGACCUGUUCAAAUCUUGGACCGUCAGAAUCGUGCUCUAAGAAGAAAGGUGAUACCCUUGGUUAAGGUGCUUUGGAGAAGCCAAAAGUACGAGGAAGCCACUUGGGAGACGGAAGAGUCGAUGAGGCGCAAGUAUCCCGAGCUCUUUGUCUCAGCUCUUAUUUCUACACAAGAACAUCAGUUUCUUAAGGAGGCCUUGUAA